GAAAACGAACUCACCGUGGAAUCGAUUCUUGCUCAACGCGUGAAAAUGGCGUCCGGCGGCGGGAGUUCGAAGGAGGCGGCAGACAUGGACUUCAGGAGGAAAUGGGACCGCAGUGAAUACGAGAAGUUGGCUCAGAGACGCCUCGAUGAGGAGAGGGACAAGAGAACAGCGAAGCCGGUGGUGGCUGUGAAGAGGGAGCUGCUGCGUCACAGAGACUACAAAGUCGACCUCGAGUCUCGGCUCGGGAAGUCGAUCGUCAUCAGCAAGACGACGCCGCAGAGCGAGACUGGAGGCUACUACUGCAACGUCUGCGACUGCGUUGUCAAGGACUCCAUCAACUUCCUGGACCACAUCAACGGCAAAAAACACCAGAGAAACCUGGGCAUGUCCAUGCGAGUGGAGCGCUCGUCGCUGGACCAGGUGCGUUCGCGCUUCGAGCUCAACAAGCGGCGGCUGGAGGAGAAGCAGAAAGAGUUCCACUUCGAGGAGAGGCUCAAGGAGCUCAAGGAGGAGGAGGAGAGGCAGAAGGUGUUCCGGCGUGAGAAGCGCCGAAAGCGAACCGUCGAGCCGGACCCGGAUCUCUGCGCCGCCGGUCUUGAGGAGGAGGAGGGGGAGGGGGGAGGGGCGGGUGGGGGGGGUGCUGCCAACAUGGCCGCUGUCAUGGGCUUUGGCAGCUUCACCUCCACAAAGAAGUCGCACUGAGGCCGGCGUCCACCUCCUUGUCCACCUCCUCGUCCGUCUCCUCCUCGUCGCCCGCCUCGUCCGCCACCUUUACCUCGUCGUCCACCACCUCCGCCGGCGUCCACCUCAUCAGCGUCGUCAUCGAACUCGUGGCAUCCCCGUCGCCACCACCACGACUACAGCCACCAUCACGACCAACAACAACAACACCAGCAACAUCAACAGCAACACCACCAACAACACCACCAACAACAACACCACGACCAUCACCACCAUCGCCACCACCACUACAGCCACCAUCACGAUUAACAACAACAACACCAGCAACACCACCACUACAGCCACCAUCACGACCAACAACAACAACACCAACAACACCACCAACAACACCACCAACAACACCACCAACAACACCACGACCAUCACCACCAUCGCCACCACCACUACAGCCACCAUCACGAUUAACAACAACAACACCAGCAACACCACCACUACAGCCACCAUCACGAUUAACAACAACACCACCAGCAACACCACCAACAACACCACCAACAACACCACGACCAUCACCACCAUCGCCACCACCACUACAGCCACCAUCACGACCAACAACAACACCACCAUCGCCACCACCACUACAGCCACCAUCACGACCAACAACAACACCACCAACAACACCACCAGCAACACCACCAACAACACCACGACCAUCACCACCAUCGCCACCACCACUACAGCCACCAUCACGACCAACAACAACACCACCAACAACACCACCAGCAACACCACCAACAACACUACGACCAUCAACAACACCAACACCACGACCAUCAACACCACCACCACCGCCACUACGACCAACAACACCACCACCACGACCAUCAACACCACCACCACCGCCACUACGACCAUCAACACCACCACCACCGCCACUACGACCAACAACACCACCACCAACAACAACAUCACAACCACGACCAACACCACCACCGCCACAACCGCCACCAUUCUCCACUAAGUGACGGUGACGUCACCACGGCACCCCUUGUGCCAGGCUAGGUGCACCUUGAGGCUGCCACGUGAAGUGUCGAAGGCUCUCUGCUUUUGGCAGGAGGAGGUCACGGGACAGACCCAGGAGGUGCCACGGGUUGACUGCUGUGCCAGGCUAGGUGCAUGAGGAGGUCACGGGACAGACCCAGCAGGUGCCACGGGUUGACUGCUGUGCCAGGCUAGGUGCAGGAGGAGCUCACGGGACAGACCUAGCAGGUACCAUGGGUUUCCUGCUGCUGUGCCAGGCUAGGUGCAUGAGGAGGUCACGGGACAGACCCAGCAGGUACCAUGGGUUUCCUGCUGCUGUGCCAGGCUAGGUGCAUGAGGAGGUCACGGGACAGACCCAGCAGGUGCCAUUGGUCGACCGACUGAGAUGACCGGUAGAUGCACCACCAGCUGUGUACCCCCUGACUGUGCCAUCAACACCAUCACCUACAUCAUCAUCAUCAACUACAUCAUCAUCUCCAUCAUCAUGAUCAUAGCCGCCGUCAUUUAAAACCGUGUGUAAUAAACGACCUCCACCACGA